CCAAAGCUUUAUGCGCGGAUAUGGGUGUAUCAGAUAUGCCAGAUUUGCAAUUUGAGGUGGUAUACCUGCUUCUAUAGCUUCAAGAGACGACGAGAUGUUUCCGAGAGACGGUGGUCCAUGUGUUUUGGUUCUUUUAGAUGAGACCUGCGGCUCCAGUGGUCUCCAUGCUUGCCACUCUUCCAUACCAUCAAUAGGUAGUGGGCCGACGGCUGAAAGAUCAGAUCUUCGAAGACCUCUGUCUCGCAUCAGGUGUAAGCUGACUGGUCCCUCGAGGAGGAGGUAUGAUGUCGAGGAGGACUGCGGCAUACACUGCUUGACCGAUUGUUAUCCAAGCUUGUGGUAAACGACCUUGAUCAAUUUGAAGUAUGGUAAGAACCAGCAAGGCUUGAACAUGACCAGAGUCAUAACUGGCCGGCUCUUUUUUCCUCGGCAGAUUAGAGAUAGCCUCAUCUUGUAAUCUCUUUGAAAGGCUGAAUGACGACGAAUCGUGCUGGGCUUGUUCAAAAGAAUCGAACU